AUGCCAUCUGCUUUAGCCAUACAACAAGAAGACAACAACAACGAUACUUCUGUAUUGAAACAGAAACUGAAUAUUCGUCGUCCUCACAAUACUAAUAACAAUUCGAUUCAUUUCACAAAGAUAAAACCAAAACUGAAAAAAAAUUUAAACUGUAAUAGUACUUUAUUACCAAAGAAAAAAUCAUCAUCUGUAGAUUCCAAUAAUAAUAAUAAUACAAUCACUAUAAAGACUUCAAAACAUUGGAUUUUACCACCAAGACCAAGACCAGGUAGAAAAACAAUAAAGCAUUCUAAUCAUACGGCAGAGAAACCAACAAAAGUUCAAAAAAACUCUUCAAUGACAAAUAAUAAUAAUAAUAAUAAUAAUAAUAAUAAUAAUUAUCUUGCAUUUCUUAAUUUUGAUGAUACAGAUUUAUCGCAAGAUGAUCAGGAUAAUGAAUAUACAAUAAGGAAGAAAAAUUGUUUCUCUCCAAUGGAUUUAUCUCCAACAGAAACAAUGGUUUCCACACCAAAUCAUGAAUUAAAUGUUAAAAAAUUUAAUACUACUACAAAAACCACUACUGAUACUGCUACUUCUUCCACUGAAGAAGUCGAUUUUUAUAACAGAAUAUGGGAAUUCUUACCCAGAUAUAAUAAUAUUGACGAUUUUAAUGACACAUCCUACAACGAAAUUUCAAAUAACACUAAUAAGGACUCUUACGUCUACAUAGCACCAUCAUUGGAAGAACUCAUUGACGAACAAACAGAACUCGAUUUCCUCACAUCUCCAAACUUAUAA